AUGGCAUUUCAACUGGCACUCUUAGGUGUCAAGGGUGAGCCCCCAUCACCCCGCCGUUUCUGUUCGACUGCGCUAUGGGCCGCCGAUCACAUCAUUGUUUUUGGCGGUGCCGGCCAUGAACCGUAUACAAAUGACAUCUGGAGCCUUGACCUCACAACCAACGAAUGGAAGUCCCACAGCGUGAAAGGCCACCUGCCUGAACCACGCAUUUGUCACUCAGCAGUGGUGUGGAGCAACUACAUGCUCGUCUUCGGUGGCAGUAUUGAAGGGGGUUACAUUGGCGACGCCUGGUCGCUGACGCUGCAGAAGCCAUCAGGUAAGCCGGCCAAGCCGGCAUUUUCGCCGCGGUGA